CUGCCCGGUCGGUACGAUUUCUCAUCCGUUGUUGUUGUUGUUGUUGUUGUCCUUCUCUGGUUCCAGCAAGAAGCCAAACGUCGACGAGAACGAGCUGAAGAAGAAUGGCGCGAGUACGAAGAAUUCCGACGUGGUGAGCGUGAGAAGGCUGAGGAAGAAAUUCGUCAACUACGUGAACGCCGAGAACGCCGCAAACUAGAACGUGCGGAAGAGGAGAAACGAUUGGCUGAAUUGAGACAAGUGGAAGAACAGAAACGACGCGCAGAAGAGGAAGAACGACAACGGAAGAAACGCGAAGAGGAACAACGAAAGCGCGAGGAACGUGAACGCAAACGCCAAGAGUGGGAAGAACGCAAGAAUGCUAACCGACCGAAUUUCGUGAUUACCAAGAAAGAAGGUGGUGAGGUAAGCGUUCUCGUCUUUGCGUGCAUUUGGUAUUCUACUCAUUUAUUUCAUCAGUAG